AUGUCGCAAGAACUUGCGCCCGAGAAGCACUCUCUCUUGGACGCCGAAGAUGGCCUCGCGCCCGUGGAAGACCUCCCGGUUCUGGAGUACUUUGUCAUCAAGCAAGAGGUUAAUCUCGAGGUGAAUUUUCGCGAUAAGCGCAUCGACGGGACAACAAACAUUUUCAUUGUCACCUUCAAUGAUAAGAUCGAAGAGGUGGCACUGGAUGCCGCCGACUGCGAGAUCGAUACCGAAAACAUCUACGUUUCUGAUGUUAAGGAGGCCAACGGAGAUCCUUACGAGGUGCAUCGACGCAAAACGACGGCUGUCUACCAAGAUCCGUACAAAAAGCUCUCCCACUCGACGAAUUGGAACCUACGAGCCGAUCACCACGACAUUCGGCGUAGACGCGCUCGGUCAGUGUUUCAUAGCCGAAAGAACGACGUCCCCGCCGAGAAUAGAGAGUUCGAGGGUUGCACGCCAGUCUACGGAUCGCUCAGGGUGAGCCUGCGCGGUAGGGUCGAACCUGAUCGUCCGAGAUUGAUUAUUAGGAAGUCUACGACAGGGCUAGAUCCCGCCGAAAAGAUCAACAGGCAAUUCAAGAUUACAAUACCCUUUACAAAUUCUAACCCUCGAGAUGGGAUGCAGUUCGUCGGUGUCGAUCCUCUGGAUAACCGCUUCACGCACAUGUACACUCGGAGCUCCAUCCACCCUGGGACAGCUUCUUGCAUAUUUCCAUGCGUCGAUGACCAUGGUUCCCGUUGCGACUGGAAGAUCUCGAUCAAGUAUCCCCGCACUCUGGGUGAUGCCCUGCAGCAAGCGUUGGCUACACAGCAGAAUGGCGCAAGCUCAGACAAGAUGCAGAUCGAUGGACAGGAGCGGAUUCACAAUCUUGCGGAAGAGGACAAGCUAAGGGAAAUGUCGGUUGUCUGCUCGGGAUUCCUUAUGGAGGAGACCGUGGAUCCAGACGAUGACCACAAAAAGAUUAUGACGUUUGAACCUGAGAAGAAGGUAUCGGUUCAGAAGCUCGGUUUUGCUGUUGGCCCAUUCGAGCAUAUCGACCUCUCGUCCGAAUCUAGAACAGAGGAAGAUGAGGUCAAGCUCGGUAUGAAUGCGCUCAAGGUCCAUGCCUACUGUCUACCACACCGCGCCGACUGGGUUCGAAACACCUCUGCCGCUCUAACAAUGGCGGCCGACUUUUUCACCUACACCUUUGCUCGGUAUCCCUUCGGCAACUUCAAGAUCUGUUUUCUCGACGAUAUGGUUCAGGAUACGGUGCCUCUCUACUCCAUGGCCUUCGUCAGCAAUCGCCUGCUAUUCCCAGAGGAUAUCAUUGACCCCGAGAUCGAAGUUACCAGGAAGAUUGUUCACACUCUGGCCAGCCAGUGGAUCGGCAUCAACAUGAUCCCAAACACUCGAAACGACCUCUGGCUCAUCAUCGGUGUCGCUCACUACAUGACGGAUCUUUUCAUGAAGCGCCUCUGUGGCAACAAUGAGUACAGAUUCCGCAUGAAAACUCUCUCGGACAAGCUCGUACAUGUUGAUAUUGACCGACCUUGUCUUUAUGACCUCGGCUCCAGUCUCCACCUGGGAGAGUUCGAAAUGGACUUCAUGACCCUCAAAGCUCCAGUCGUCUUCUUCAUCUUGGACAAGCGGCUCAUCAAGGCUUCGGGAGGACACGGUCUGACACGCAUUCUCCAGAAAUUGUUGACCAAGGUUCAGAUUGAAGCGUCCGACAAGUCAACGAUCCUCGAAACAGAAAAGUUCCGUGCAGUUUGCGAGAAGGGUGCGCGAUACCGACUCGAGAGCUUUUGGAAUCAAUGGGUCUACGGCUCCGGAUGCCCGCGAUUUGACGUCAAAACCAAGUUCAACAAGAAGAGGUUAUGCGUUGAGUUGACCUUGAAUCAGAUCCAGUUCCAGACGGUUAAGAAGCCUGCCUUGGAGAGGGGUGACUUUCUACGUGUGAUCAAGGAGCGUCGUGCUGGUGUCAAGACGGGCGAGGUGCAGCCACUAUUUACUGGACCGAUGACAGUUCGAAUCCAUGAAGCAGACGGAACACCUUAUGAACACAUUCUGGAGAUCCGGGAGGAUGCGACACGUUCAACCAAGUUUGAGAUUCCCUACAAUACCAAGUACAAACGUCUCAAGCGGACUCGUCGCAUGAAGGAGAAGCAGAAUGUGGGCGCUAGUAUGGACGCUGAAAACCUGGACGAUACGCUGCUCUAUUGCCUGGGCGAUGUUCUUCAAACCCCAGACGAGCAGGCCCAGUGGGAGUUGAUCGAUUGGGACCCUGACACCGAAAGGAAGAUGGACCAAGAGUCAUACGAGUGGAUUCGCGUGGACGCCGACUUCGAAUGGGCCUGCGAUAUGAAGAGGACCCUCGAGCCGUACAUGUACGUGUCUCAGCUGCAACAAGACAGGGACGUCGUCGCUCAACAAGAUGCCAUGCUAUACCUCACUCAUGGUCCCUUGCACCCCAUCGCUUCUGGUUUCCUCACCAGGACGUUGGUGGACCGUCGCUAUUUCCAUGGCAUUCGGACCAUGGCCGCAGAGGCACUACCGCGGCAGGCCAAUAUCAAGGACAUCUCGAUGCUCGGUCUCCGACAACUAAUGAAGGCCUUCAGUGAGAUGUUUUGCCACAAGGGAACAAAUCAGCCGAAACCGAAUGACUUUUCCGACAAGAAGCAAUACAACGUCCAGUGCGCCAUUAUCAAGGCCAUCGCUGAGGUCAGAGAUGCUAACACCUACAAAUGUCCGCUCGAGGCCCGACAAUUCAUUCUGGACCAACUCCUCUUCAACAACAAUGAGGACAACCCCUAUUCCGACCACUUUUACAUCGCCACACUCGUUGAAGCUCUUGCCACGUCCCUUAUCCCCUCGAAGAAGGAUGAUUGGUUUGCCAUGCAAAACAAGAUACCGAAUGAGGAGGAGACGCAGUUCCUUGAUAGGGCAAUGGAACAAAUCGAACGUGUCCUACGCCGCGAUGAAUGGACCAAUUCGUACCAGAACGUCUGGACGAUUGCGGGCCUGAACGCGAAGCAACGGCUGAUGAAGGCUGAAGUGAUACCAAAGGCGUACAUCGACUUUGGGCAAUAUCUACUGGAUGGAACGAGAGAUCUUAUCCGAAUCAAGGCCUUCGAGGCGCUGAUUGAUCUUGGGGCCAUGAUGGACCCUACCAUGUUUUCGUUGCUGAUAUACUCCCUGACUACCGACCGAUCACCGUACGUGCGCAACAAGCUCAUUGACGCCGCGGCUUCUGGGCUUGCCGCUAUCGCUUUUGGAGAGCAUGCAAAGGUUGUUAAGAACGAACCUCCUCCCGAAGACGAAGAAGGCGACCUCCUCCUUGUCCAAGACAGUGCACAGGAGAUCGAAGCCAGGAAGGAAAUGUUUGCAAGGAAGGAGAACUUGGACGCUGCCCUCAAGGCUCUGCGACGAGAGAUGGAGGAGACCUACGCAGGCGAUGAGCGACACUACAGCACAGCGAUGCGUAAGGCGCUGGAUCACCCAGGUCUUGGUCGAUGCGAAAUGGAGAGCAUGUUGGAUCUGGCGGCGAUGAUGUUUGAGGAGGCAUCCCAGUGGAUCAUCACGCUCCCUCUGCCUAAGGCUUGGAAGGCCGAGCGAUCGGCUGAGCAGCAGCUCUCUAACAAAUUGCUGGUGUUGUUCAAAUCCUAUUACAGGACAAAACCAAAGGAGCCCAUCGUACAACCGCCCCCUCCGCCACCUCAAGAGCCCGUGCGACCUAUCCCUCUUCCGAGAACUUCAUCGAUCAAGAUCAACACUCACAGAUCUACCACCCCCCAGCGUCCAGUGGCGCCGCCUUUGCCUCAACCCCAAACUCAAACACAAAGUCCAGUUCCAGCCCAAUCACUCGGAGAGAAGGACACUAUCGUGGCUUCACCAGUUGUUUCUCGCCAACCAAGCGUCUCUUCCUCGUCAACCUCAAAGCAUGCUAGGCCCGCUGAGCCUUCAUCGGUAGGCUCGAUCAAGCGUCCGCGUCCAGAGAAAGACGAGCAUCACACCCCGGCACCCAAGCGCCCCAAGACAGAGAAGCCAUCGGGACCUGACCUGGGCAGCGUGCGGAGGAAGAGUCGCAUUGUCACUCUCAAAACCAAAACUCCUGGGCUUCUCGGAGUAAUUCUUCGGGAUGCGAGGAAGCAGAGCACCAAUGGCAGGACAUCUCUGCCCUCGGCUGCUCCUAAGGAUGGUCUUCCAGUCAGUGUGAGGGACACUAUCACUGCCAAACCUGCAAGAAAGCCACUCCCAACUGGGGACCAACCAAUCAGGAAGCCUCUGCCUGGAGGCCCGGCAUCCUCGCCACAUGCCUCGGCAUCGAGUCCAAAGGUUUCGCUCAACUCGCACUCGAAUUUCACCCCCAAGCCAAAAUCUGCCAGUCCUGCUUCGAACACACCAGCUGGGGUGCCGCCUCCACGACCCAAGAUCAAGAUCAUUCGAAAGCCACAUCCACCACCAUCAGCCUCUUAG